AUGAUCACCUACAAGUUGAUCCCUGGAUCAAGACAAGUGCUUAAACGGUCUCGCCUGAGACUACAAUUGAUCGCGCUUGCUGCCGAAAUUCUGGGCGUUUAUGCAGUCUUCAAGUUUCAUAACGAACUCCAUAUGAACACAUUACGUUCCUGGAUCGGCUUGUCUACCAUCUGCUUAAUCGGGUUUCAGUCGCCGUUGGGAUUCUUCUCUCUUUUAUUCCUAGGCCCAGAGUCUGCAACAAGGGCAAGACUAGCUCGAUGGCAUGUUUUCUUUAGCGUCGUUAUCUUUCUCAUGGCGAUCGUGACUGUUGAGACGGGAUUAACGGAGAAUUUCCUUUUCAAACACUUGAAGCGUGGCCAAGAAGCACUAUCAUCAACUUUAUAG